AUGGCAGCUCUCAGUGAGCCCCUCCGUUUCCUCCUCUUCUUCUUCCUCCUCUGCGACUCCCCUGUCUAUGCCGGCAAGUGCCACAAGGGCGACAAGAAGGUCCUCCUCUCCAUCAAGAACUCCAUAGGCGACUACAUCUUCACCGGAUGGACCUCCGACUUUGCCUGCUGCGACUGGUCCGGCGUCGGUUGCGACGAGGUUUCUAACCCUUCCACAAGAACCCCGGCCUGGUCGGCCCCAUCCCCGCCCGCCAUCGGCCGCCUCACCUUCCUCCGUCUCGACUGGAACAGCCUCUCUGGCCCCGUCCCCGCCUUCCUCGCCGCGCUCCGUCGCCUCGAGUACCUCAACCUCGGAUUCAACCAGUUAUCCGGCGCCAUUCCCCCCUCGCUCAGCACCCUCCCACUUGACUUCCUCGCCAUCGACCGCAAUCGGCUCACCGGGCCCAUUCCCGACUCGUUGGGACGGUCCAGCCUCAUCUACCUCUACCUCAGCCACAACAACCUCACCGGCCAAGUCCCGGCGUCCUUCGCCGGCAACACGGUAGCGGAAGUGGUGGACCUGUCCCGGAACCAGCUGAGCGGCGACGCGUCGGCCCUGUUCGGGAAGGGGAAGCCGCUGUGGAGGUUGGACCUGUCGAGGAACCACGAGAUCGAGUUCGACUUGGGGAAGGUGGAGAUCCCGGAGAAGAUAGUAGCUCUGGACUUGAACCACAACAAGGUGUUCGGGCGGCUCCCGCCGGAGAUGGGGAAAAUACAGUGGCAGCUGCUGAACGUGAGCUACAACCGGCUCUGCGGCCGGAUUCCCAGCGGGGAGCGGAUUGAGAGUAUGGACCAAUACUCGUUCCUUCACAACGACUGCCUCUGCGGGCCGCCGCUGCCGCCCUGCAAGUAAACGGUGCAGAAGCGGCGGGGAAUAAGACGAUUAAUGAGAACGUCGGAAAAUAAAUAUUAUUAUUUAAGAACUAGAUGAGGAAGGCGCACAAGAAGAAUUGCUAAAAUCUCUUCUUCAUUUUCUAAUGUAGAACAAUGGAAGACAUAUGAACCCUUGUUAUGCUAUAUAAUUUCUUCCUUGCAA